GACACCCGGGAUACUACACACAAUGCCGCCGAAGAAAUCGCCUGCAACGAAAACGGCAGCGAAGCCUGCAACGAAAACUGCCGGUGGGACGAAGUCAACGGGGGGAGCCAAGGGCGCGGGGGCAGCCAAGGGCGCGGGGGCAGCCAAGGCCAAGGCAGCCGAAGCCCCACCGAAAGCACCGCCGUUGCCGGAAGUAAAAAUGGAAGCGAAACAGAUUAUCCCUUUCCUGACGCACGACAAGGAUGAAAUCAUUAAGAAAUCACAAAGGUGGCCCUACAUCGUUGACCAGACGGGGGUUGUUGCCAGGUUACUUCAGUACAGUGAUAUUAACGUUCUUGAGGUCAUGAUGUCUGAUCAGAUGGAACCCGAGAGGAUACGAAUGGCAUUAUUAGGAUCGCUCAAGUUUGGGAAACCUCUCGUUAUUGACAUGGGGGAUCUAGAUAUGUUUACAGCCAUUAAUGAAUUCCUGAAUCGGAUUCUCCCAGACCUCACUGACUUAGUGAUGACGAAGAAAGUGAUGGAGGAGAAAUGUAUUGAUCAGCUAAUAAAGCCGACUGACGACCAGGAUAACAAGAACAGCAUGUUGUACAAAGCAGAUUCCUUUCGCUUUGGUCUUAUAACGUCGAAGGAAAUGGUGUCAGAUGAAAUGAAAUCUAGGAUGCUUGUGGUCAGGGUUGAAUGAGUGACGUCACAGGAAUACGUAUUGUUGUUUAAAAAGCAAUCGGUUCGCUGUAAAUUCUGUGGAACACUGUUUCUAAGAUGUAUCGACAUCUUGUAUGGGGUAUCGACGAAAGAACUGAAUUAUUGUACGAACAUUGUAAUCGUACGGAAUUUGUUGUCAAUUAUUUUUUUUUAUUUUUUUUAUCAAAUUAUUAAGCUGUUUUUAUCUUGUUUUCAUUUACAAUUUGAA